AUGUCUGAAGAUCACUUGGGCGAGAACUUAUUAAGAGAGCUAAACUUUUUGCUUGCCGAUGGCAAACUAAGUCUGAUUGCUGGUAUUCCUUUAAAUGUGGGCUCAACUGUUGUUGUGGCUGAAAGAAGCCCUUCUCCUUCUGAUGUUGCUGCAGAUGUUGUCACAAAAGAUGCUAGUACUGGUGCUAAAACUGUUGAAAAGAAAACUAGGUACAAGAGGGCUGCCAAGGGUGAACUCUCUCCUCCGAAGCUGAAGAAGAUUAAGGUCUCUCAAGAUGUUGUGCACAAAGAGUUUACGAAGAUUGGUCGAUUCUUUUGCUCGUACAAGUCCUUCAUUGGAGCUCUUCGUCCACGCCAAUAUUUGAGCAAUGUAGUGAUGGCAGUUUGGACAGAGAAGUUCAAUCAUGCAGCAAAAGCAAGUGCUGAGAAGAAUCCCCGAAAUCACAAGAGAUAUGCUUUCUCUCCGUACUUUGCGGAAAAGCUUGCUGUAGAAACCUCUACUUUUGACCCUGCCUCUGUCAUGAAAGAGUUCAAAAUUGCAUGUAGCAAAUUCAAAAUUCUGAAAGAUGACAUGCUUUACCUGCCCAUUGUACAAGCCGAUCACUGGAUUGUAUGCUGCAUCAACUUGCUGUGCAAGCAAUUUCACAUUUUUGAUUCAAUGAUGCCAGAGAAUGGUGUGAGCAGCUUAGCAAAAGCAGCAAACAACUUGUUCUCCAACUUCGUCCGGACUGCAAGCGAGUCCAAAGUUUCAUGGGUUGACUUUGGGAAAUUCAAGGAAACCACACCUGACCAUCCACGACAAGACACUUUGUAUGACUGUGGAUUCUACAGCAUUCUUUACAUGGAGCACUUCAAUGGGAAAGUCAUGCCAAAUUUCGAGAAUGAUGUAGUUCCAGAUUUUCGAAGUACAAUCUACCAGAUAUAA